ACAACAAUGAAAAAGAAUUACCAAUGAGCUCUGUCCAGACUGAGUUGUCUUCCUCGCACUAUUAUCAGAGUAGCUUUGGACGUGACCAGCUGACUCAUGUGGGUCAAACACUGGACAACAGAGGACAAGAAAUGUUUUAAUGAAAACAGUGCAGAUUUACACUUUAUCACCAAAGAAGAUACACACCAGGAGGAAAUACAUUCAGCUGUUUUUCCAUUUGGAUUACUUUUUUUAUGUUAUUGCUGCGUCCUGAGGGGUAAGAAGUUGCAGAGAAGAACACCAAAAUGGAACCAGUCAUCUUUCUCACCUGUCUGGCAGCUUUCUACUGUUCAAGUGGCUGUCUGGCCUCAGAGCUGUCGUUCUUGCUGGAGCCCACUGAUGUGAUUGCGGUGAGAGAUCGGCCACUUAUGCUGGACUGUCGGGUACAGGGCGAGGAACCGAUCAUGAUUACAUGGCGCAAGAAUGGAGCACCGUUACCCACCAGCCCGCGGGUUCGGGUACUGGAAAAUGGCACUCUGUUAAUCCAGAGCUUCCAGAAACGUAGAGAGGGGACUGAUGCAGACAUGGGCGAGUAUGAUUGUGCUGCCCAAAACCGCUAUGGCAUGCUGGUCAGUCGGAAGGCUAAAGUUCACUUGGCAUCUCUUCCUAAGUUCCACACCCACCCAGUGUCCAUGUCUGUAGAUGAGGGAGGUGUUGCUCGCUUCCAGUGCCAGAUUAAUGGAGUACCUGAGGCCAAAAUCACGUGGGAGAGAGAGAGAGUACUGCUUAACACCACCGACAGCAGGUACACUCUCCUACCAAUGGGUAUCCUCCAGGUGACAGGCGUGAGGCAGACAGAUGCCGGGGUUUUUCGCUGUGUUGCAACCAACAUCGCCAACACCCGUUACAGCAACGAGGCCACACUUAAUGUCACUGGUGGAGCUCCCAGAACUUACAAGGAGCCGAUCAUCCUGUCGGGACCCCAAAAUCUUACCAUCACUGUUCAUCAGACUGCCAUCUUAGAGUGCAUUGCCACAGGAAACCCAAGGCCUAUUGUUUCCUGGAGCAGACUAGACGGACGUUCCAUUGGGGUGGAGGGUAUCCAGGUUCUGGGAACAGGGAACCUGAUGAUCUCAGAUGUUUCACUGCAGCACUCUGGUGUUUAUGUAUGUGCGGCAAACCGCCCAGGCACCAGAAUGAGACGUACUGCACUUGGACGCCUCGUGGUACAAGCUCCCCCUGAGUUCCUACAAUGGCCACAGUCUGUGUCCAAACCAGCAGGGGGCAGUGCUGUUUUCACCUGUGUGGCCCAGGGUGUCCCAGAGCCUCACCUCAUCUGGCUGAAGAAUGGCAAGAUCCUGAUGCCGGGACACAAUGUAAAGCUGACCAACAACAACAGUACCCUGGCUCUAACCCGUAUUACCUCAGAGGAUGAGGCUAUCUACCAGUGCAUUGCUGAGAACAGCGCUGGCACCAACCAGGCCAGCGCCCGUCUGGCUGUGGCUCAGGCUAAAGACCUGCCCGCUGCCCCUCAAGGGCUCAAAGCUAGCUCCCUGUCUACGAACGCUCUGCAGAUCACAUGGAGCCAGCCACCUGCCAACGUCACAGAGACCAUCAUCGGAUAUGUCCUGCAUAUUCGCAAAAUAGGAGAGCCUGACAGUCUGGAGUUGCAGGAAGCCAUAAGUAAAGGCGCCUUUCAGCAUGAUGUGAUGAACUUAGAACCAGCCACCACCUACUCCCUCUACCUGAAGGCCUACUCUCCAUUGGGAGCCAGCCAACAGUCCCACACUGUGGUUGCUACCACACUAGGGGGUGUGCCAACCCCACCCACCUAUUUCACUAAGGUGUUGAACUCCAGUGCUGUGCAGGUCCUCUGGGAAUUCCCCAGCUCAGCCGGUAAGGCCGAGGGCUUCAGACUGUCAUACCGAAGGGUCCCCCACCCUGAAUACCAUGGGCCAAUUCAGCUACCCUAUCACAUCAGUGCCCACACCAUCUCCAACCUGGAACCAGGUGCAGUGUAUGAAAUCAAACUGGUGGCCUACAAUGGAAAUGGGGAAAGUGACUGCUCUAAGAGACUGGUGUCACUCGCAGAGGAAGGCAUGAGCGACCAAAGCACUGGAGGAAGCAGCCUGUGUCAGUGCAGGGAUGGAGAGGCCUCUCUGGGUAGCAUUGUCAUUGGCAUCCAUAUCGGCACUGCCUGCAUCAUCUUCUGUGUUCUCUUCCUCAUGUUUGGAUACCGUCGCAGCCUGUUUUGCAGCAAAGGAACUCAGGAGAACUGGUCUGUACAAAGGAUCAACAUAGGACACAACAGCAUCCCUAAAGAUGAAGGAAACCACUCUAGAACAGAGUCUGCACCUCAGGUGGCCUGUCGUAACCAGUGUCAGGUUAUGAUCGAGCAGCAUUCAUCAGGUUUGCCUGGAACGGGCACUGGCUAGCACUGGUCAAUAGUAUCACAGCUCCCACAUCCCUUCCUUCCCCUCCGACAGUCUGCUACUCACCUAAGAAACUCAAGCCUCCUAUCAGUGAGCACCUUAUGUGCUCUUUGAUAGUGGUUAGUCAUAGGUGUAGUGUCCCUUAAGUAGCUUUAUAGAUUGGACUCGGAGGCAUCUUGCUCCUUUUCCACCCUAAGCCAUCCUUCACUCCUACCUCAAACCAAAGCUUAUUGCCUUUAUUGCAUGUGCAUGUGCACAUGUGGAUAUACAAAAAGCCUUCAAAAUGCAUUGCCACUCCAGAUUAUGUUCUGUCACAUGCUUUAUGUGUGUACACCACAAAUACUUAAGCCAGUUUUCCAGUGGGAGUCUUUUCCAUAACCAAAAUAUUCUAUCACUCAGAGCUCCACUGGAAAACUGGCGUGUCAGGCAGUGCACUGUGAUCCUAAAACACCAAAUGAAGCCAAAUAUGUUCACCUAAGACAUUCCAAUGAGUUUGUGGUGACAGAACUCUUGACUUUGCCUUUUGUUCCUCUGCAAUAAGAAAGGGAAAAAACGU